AUGACUGCGGCUGCGACAAAGCUCCCAGUGGGAGAAUUGGCGGGCGAAGAGGCUGUUCAAGAGUCGCGCGUGUUGAUCAUCAUGACGGGCGGCACAAUUUGUAUGCAACAGUCCCCGUCCGGCUUCGUGCCCGCCAGAGGCUUCCAGGAGAAGUGUAUGGCCCGCGUGCCCUGCUUCAACGAUGGCUCUCUCCACACGGCCAUGGACGUGGUGACCAAGCCCACGGGCGAUGUCACCGCGCAUCCCAGUCUGCGGACCCCGAUCACCACCUACGGCCGCCAGGUGCGGUAUACCGUUUACGAGUUCGAAGAGCUGCUGGACAGCAGCUCCAUUGAUGCCAAGGGUUGGGCGGAAAUUGCGCAGACCGUCUAUCAAAACUACACGCUCUUCGAUGGCUUCGUGAUCCUCCACGGCACUGACAGUCUCGCGUAUACUUGCUCGGCGCUGAGCUUCAUGCUGCAGAACCUUGGCAAGCCCGUCGUGCUCACGGGAUCGCAGGCGCCGAUGCUCGAGCUCCAAAACGACGCCACGGAUAACCUGCUCGGAUCGCUCGUUGUGGCGGGACACUUUAUGAUUCCCGAGGUGUGCCUGUACUUCAACAACAAGCUCUUCCGAGGGAAUCGCACGACCAAGGUGGCCGCGAGUGACUUUGCCGCUUUCAAUGCGCCCAAUUGUCCGCCGCUAGCCGUGACGACCUCGAUGCGCACGAAUGUCAAUUGGGAUAUGGUGCACCGACCCACCAGCCUGGAGCACUUCCGAAUCCAAACGAACCUCGACACAGCCCACGUCGCGUGCUUGCGCAUCUUCCCCGGUAUCAAGCCGGAGAUGGUGGAUGCCGUGCUUAGAUUGGAGGGGCUGCGUGGUCUCGUGCUCGAGACCUUUGGCGCAGGCAAUGCUCCGUCGGGACAGGAUAAUGCCAUGAUUAACGUGCUGGCUAGCGCCAUCCAGCGCGGCAUUGUGAUUGUCAACGUUACCCAAUGUCUGACGGGUAGUGUCAGCCCUGUCUAUGCCACCGGCAUGAGCCUAUCCCGGGCAGGCGUCAUCGCCGGACUGGAUAUGACGACGGAGGGCGCCUUGACGAAACUGGCGUACCUGCUGGCGCUCCCCGACUCGUCGCAGGAGACGGUGACCAAGAACAUGUCGAUAUCGCUCCGGGGCGAGCUCACCGAAUCCUCGCUCCCGGUCUUCCGUCAUCCAGACGGGCCCCUUCCCGAGCGGGUACAGACCCUCACCGCGAUGGGUUACGCCAUCGCCCACGGAGAUCUCGAACGGGUCAAGACGAUCAUGAAGACGGAGCACCACUGGCUCUUGAACGACGCCGAUUACUCCGGGAAUACGCCGAUUGUAAGUCUACUCCUAUUGUAUUAUCUGCCCUCUGGUCGUACCAUACCCAACUUUUGGGACAGGAAAUUCGGAUCGGACAUGCUAAUACGGCCAUUUUUUCAGCACGUCGCGGCGACGGCGCCGUGGGUAUCGAUCCUGCACUUCCUGCUGUCGCAGGGCGGAUCCGUACAUCUACGAAAUCGCAGUGGACGCACCCCGCUGUUCCUGGCCGCCAACGCCGGGCUGUCGGAGCAUGUGCUGCUUUUGCGCCAGUCGGGGGCGCACCUGCAUUCAGAUGAGCGGCCGGCGGCAGAGCUACUGGCCCGUCGACGACCGGGCAUCUGGGGUAUGGCGGGCAUUGAUCCCAGAGAGAACAGCCAGCGUGAGCUGGAUGAGGAGCUGGAGCUGGGCGGGCGGAGUCGGGCGAUGGCAGGGUCAGCGCCGUAG